AUGGCUAUGAAUGGCGGCAGCGUGUCUGUUUGGGAUAUCCGAAGCAAAGUUCCUUUUAGGACAUUCACGGAAACCCCCUGGCCCCGGGAUAGUUACUGGCCUCAACGAUAUCCUCAAUUUAGCAGUGGAAAUUUUGGAAAAGAAACUCUAGUAUUUGUAGAGGUGAUCUCAAUCCUUAGCACGAGCAUGACUCCAAUCUUGCAAUCAUUCAUGUGA